AUGACGGUCAUUACUAGCAUUGCUCGCGUCAUCGUUCUCCUAGUCGCCUUGUUUGGCGGGAAUUCUCACAUUGCGCACGCCUCGCGGAGGGACAGAGGCCUGCUGGCCGCGCCGUCCUCCAAUGCACUACUGCCGUACUUGACACCCGUCAUCUUGAAGCUGUACACAUCACAGCCGUCGCGUAGGACGUCCGCCGUGGUCGGAAACAUGUACUCUCUGUCUUGGAGCUUGUACGGAUCAUCCCCAACGUUGCAGGGCUGCUAUUACGAUUUGUACAAGUCUUUGGGUGCUACCUUUUCCUGGGUCCGGGACAACAUCCCCCUGCGGCUGCAGGAGGUCCCCGGGCAGCCUCUGGCCUCCGCCGCGUGGCCCGACAUGUCACAGACACCCGCGCUCAAGCUGUCGGCGGCAGUGGCGGAGGCCCUGCUGCCGCCUAACGGCCUCAGUGAGACGGCCUUGUUGCUCAACACCAGCUGCGGCCUGGCUGCGGCCGACUUUGCGGCCCUGGUCCCAAACAUAUCGUCCGUCCUCGCCGACUUGCAUGCGGACCUGCCAUUGCUUCAGAACGUUACAAGCAAGUUGCAUCGGGCGCAUUGGGACUCGAAGGCGCGGGGUGAAGACGACUCCCGCCCCCUUCCUAAGGCAGUCAAGCAUCGCCGCGAUGAUGGCCCGGUGUUGGCCUCUACAACCAGAGAGAACUCGACGACCUCUGCGGGCGCCGUGGUGGCUAGCCAGCCGUCAGGGGGGCUGUCCGCACCUGCUGGCGAUGGUGCUGUUGCUGCCGUUGGUGGCGGUGCCUUGGCGCUGCGGGGCCGUCGGAAGCUUCAGCAGCAAACUGGCAGCAGCAGCAACAGGAUUUACACUUUGCCUACCGGCGGGUUUACCCCGGCUGCGCCGGCCACUGUGCCGCCCGUGUUGAUCCCACUCGUCUUCCACGUCAUGCUUUACAGAAACAAGGACGGCACGAUCGGACCUGCGCAGUAUGAUCAGGCGCCAAAGUUCAUUGAUCGGAUGGUGUACUUGGUGAAUUUGAUGUCGAAGCCGACAAACUUCGGGUUCUUUGUCAAGGAGGUCCGGAACAACGCCACGCGGUUCCCAGGUCUCCUUGUGGGCAACCGAAGCAGGUGGCUCGAUGUGCCAUUUUGCGAGGACAGCGGCUGCCUUAACGACGACCCUACCGUGUCUUCGCUUGUGUCCGACUGGCCUCGGAGCAUCAACGUUUUCGUGGCCGCCGACACGGCCUCGGGGGAUACGACCCUUGGCUACGCAUACGUCCCUUCUUCGGAUUUGUACCCCACCGGGGGUCUGGUUUUCCUCACCUGGGACUCCGUCUCCACUUCUGGAUUCAAUUCCCCAUUGUACUACAACGACGGGGCGCUGACGCUCCUUCACGAGACUUUCCACCAUCUCGGGCUGCAACACCCAUUUGGCACAUCAAGCUCCUACACCUGCAGCGAUGAUGACUACGUUAUCGACACACCGGUGUCCUUUGGGUCGGUCGAUUACUACACGUCAAUCUACUCGAUGGCUAUAAAGUACUGUCUGGAAAUCUUUUGGGCGCAGCUCGACGGGCGGUGGGACCUGGCCUACCAGCGAAUGGGUUCACGUCUUGGCAUCCCGGACGCCGACAAGAACGCCUGGGCCGACACCUGCCCCGGCAGUCCCGGAUAUGAUGAGCUGGGCAACUACAUGACGUACAACGCCCCCAUCUGCUUCGCGGCGCUGGGGCAUUUCACAGCGGCCCAGGCGCAACGGGCGCAUUACAUGACGGCGGAGCUGAACCCCGUAUUGUAUGCGUGGGGCCAAUAUUACGCGUCCCGGGCAGCCCCUCCACCGCCCAGGGCGUCCCCACCUCCGGAUGUUUCAAUGGAUAUUUGCAAAGUCACUUCUACGGAUUGUCCGUGCAAGAGCAAUUGGACCUUUGGGGGCCAGUCGUACUCGUACUGCGGUCAGCUGUCAGCGACCUCUGAUCAGUUAUGGUGCGAGGUACAGAAUUAUGCAACGUGCUCAGCUUGCAGCAACCUGUCUGGAUGCAUCUUAAAGUGCAUAGAUAUCGCGACGCCGACGGUCUGCAAGAUACGACCCCUAUCCGGGUCAACAGCCCAACCACCGCCAUCGCCGCCACCCUUCCCGCCCCCGCCGCCGCCAGUUGCGAUACCAGACGCCUGUAAGGUGCAUGGUGUCGCCUACGUGCCCAUCCUUCAUGGACGAGCCAUACCAAUACUGCUCUCCGGUUCUCACCCCAUCGUAUUGCCGUACUAUUCCCAAGUUGCCCGGUUAGCUGUCUUACUGAGGAGCAAGUAUCUGCACUUGUCGCAGGCCUCCAAGCCCAUCACCAGCGCCCCAACCUCCAAGCCCCCGGCCGCCAUUACCCCCGCCUCCAAGCCCGCCACCACCAUCACCUCCGCCACCAGCGCCCCAACCUCCAAGCCCCCGGCCGCCAUUACCCCCGCCUCCAAGCCCGCCACCACCAUCACCUCCGCCACCAGCGCCCCAACCUCCAAGCCCCCGGCCACCAGUACCCCCGCCUCCAAGCCCGCCACCACCAUCACCUCCGCCACCAGCGCCCCAACCUCCAAGCCCCCGGCCACCAGUACCCCCGCCUCCAAGCCCGCCACCAUCAUCACCUCCGCCACCAGCGCCCCAACCUCCAAGCCCCCGGCCACCAUACCCCCGCCUCCAAGCCCGCCACCACCAUCACCUCCGCCACCAAGCCCCCAACCUCCAAGCCCCCGGCCACCAGUACCCCCGCCUCCAAGCCCGCCACCACCAUCACCUGCGCCUCCAAGCCCCCGGCCAGGAUCGCCCCGGCCUGCAAGCCCCCGACCACCACCCACCCCGCCACCAAGCCCGCCUCCACCAUCCCCACCGCCACCAAGCCCACCGCCACCAAGCCCACCGCCUCCAAGCCCACCGCCUCCAAGCCCACCGCCUCCAAGCCCACCGCCUCCAAGCCCACCGCCUCCAAGCCCACCGCCUCCAAGCCCACCGCCUCCAAGCCCACCGCCACCAUCCCCGCCACCACCAAGGCCCCGGCCUCCAAUUCCCCCCCUUCCAAGCCCCCGGCCUCCAAGCCCCCGGCCUCCAAGCCCCCGGCCUCCAAGCCCCCGGCCUCCAAGCCCCCGGCCUCCAAGCCCCCGGCCUCCAAGCCCCCGGCCUCCAAACCCGCCGCCGCCAUCGCCACAGCCUCCAAGCCCCCGGCCUCGCGCCCAGCCCGCAUAG